AUGGAUCGCUCUCACAGUAUACACUCGAGCUCGAGAAGGAGUUCGGGUUCGGCCAAGGAAGAGUCGCCGAUCAGGGGUAAAGUCAAGCGGCAGCAGAUAGCUGUUGCUUGCAAUGCUUGUCGCCGAAGAAAAACCAAGUGCGAUGGCCAUCGACCGGUCUGUUCCGUCUGCGUUACCAAGAACUCCGAAUGUACCUGGUCAGCAGAUCCAGAUGCUACACCCAUGAUUGCAAUCAAGCGAAAGUACCAAAAUCUCGAAACCGAAGCUCGCGAUCUCCAAGAUCUGGUUCAAAUGCUGAUGGAUCGGCCUCGCAAAGAGGCAAUAUUCAUCCUCGACCAUAUGCGUAGAACCCGAGAUGCGGUGUCGACUCUUGCCUUCAUCAAAGACGGUGACCUGCUUACCUGGGGAUUGAACACUCGUGAACCCCAUCCUUCCCAAUCCUUUCCGUCCGAUCACGAUCAUAUGCGCGACAUCACCCAAGGUGUCAACACUAUGGGUGGCAAAGACGGCCCGAGGGAUGGCCAUCUGGAAAGCAAUGAAAGCAUCACCGAGCCAGCCAGUUCACCAAAAAGGCGUCUGGCUAUCUCGGACCUUGUCAACGACACUUGA